GUGUGCCUGUCAAAAAUAAUUCCGCUCCUUAAUUUCGCGAUAAGAGCCACAACAAUUUUUUUAACUAUGACAAAUCAGAGGACCAACUUAAUUUAAAGUGUCAAUAAUUGUUGGUCGUCAAUUGUACACAUUCUUAUACGAAAACAGACCUCCAAUUAAUGUUAAAGAGGUUUACUCGACUCUACUCAUCAUUGCCACAAAGUAUAACAACAACAAUAACUACAAGAACAAUCAUGACAUCUUCCAAGAAAUUAGAUCCAACUGCUUUACAUAAUCCUUAUUUCUUUCAAAAACCAGGUCAAAAGGAUAUUUGGUCGUUAAUUAAUGAAACUGCAGCCCAAGCUCAAGAAGAAUUAGGUAAACCAAUUGUUAAUUUAGGUCAAGGGUUCUUCUCCUAUAAUCCUCCUGAUUUCGCUGUUGAUGCUGUCGGAGAAGCUUUAACUAAACCUCAAUUCAAUCAGUAUGCUCAUGCUAGAGGUAACCCUAAUUUAAUUAAAGAAUUAACCAAACAUUAUUCCAAAGCUUUUGGUAGAGAUGUUGAUGCUUCUGAAAUCCAAGUCACUACUGGAGCAAAUGAAGGUAUUUUUUCUAUCUUUUUUGGAUUUUUAACUCCAGGGGAUGAGGUUAUUGUCUUUGAACCAUUCUUUGAUCAAUAUAUUUCAAAUAUUGAAAUGACUGGAGCAAAAGUCAAAUAUGUUGAAAUCAAAUACCCAAAGAAAUUCGAUAAUGAAACUGUUACUGGUGAUGAUUGGGAAAUUGAUUGGGAAGGUUUAGAAAAUGCUAUUACUGAUAAAACUAAAAUCAUUGUUAUUAAUACUCCUCAUAAUCCAAUUGGUAAAAUAUAUACCGAACAAGAAUUAAUUCGUAUUGGUAAAUUAGCUAUUGAACAUAAUAUCAUUCUUGUUAGUGAUGAAGUUUAUGAAAAUCUUUAUUUCACCAAGACUUUCCCAAGACCAGCUGCCUUAAAGGCAUUACCAGAAUUAGCCGAUCGUACAUUCACUGUCGGAUCCGCAGGUAAAUCCUUCGCUGCCACUGGUUGGAGAGUUGGAUUCAUUCAUGGUCCUGCCAAUUUAAUCAAAUUCGUUACUGCUGCCCAUACAAGAAUUUGUUUCUCAACUCCAGCUCCAUUACAACAAGCUGUAUCUCAAGGUUUUAUCGAAGCUGACAAGAGAAAUUAUUUCGAAAAGACAAGACAAGACUAUAUUCAUAAAUAUAAAAUCUUUACUGAAGUCUUUGAUGAAUUAGGUUUACCUUAUACCAUUGCUCAAGGUGGUUAUUUCUUAUUAGUUAAUUUAUCAAAAGUUAAAGUUCCUGAAGAUUAUGUCUUCCCUGAAGCUAUUUCUGCUAGAGGUACUUUAGAUUUUAAAUUAGCUUAUUGGUUAAUCAAAGAAAUUGGUGUAGUUGGUAUUCCACCAACUGAAUUUUUAAUUCCUUCUAAUAGAGUUGGUAAUGGAUUAGAAAAAACUCUUAGAUUUGCUGUUUGUAAAGAUGAUUCUAUCUUAGAAGAUGCAGUUAACAGAUUAAGAAAAUUAAAAGAUCAUAUAUAAUUGAAUUGUAAUCAUUAUCAUUAAUUUAUUCUUUAGA